AACGCAGAUUACUUUGUAUUCACAGUCAACAUGAGCAAGAGGGAAGGAGAUAUUUGCUUCAAAAAAAGUGUUGUGUGGGUCUGUGUUUGAGUGUAAAUGAUGGUCUACUGUUAAUACAGGGGUCUGACUUGCUUGCAGUUUUGCUCUAGAAUACUUGGUGACCUGACUACAAAGGUUGUUGUGUGGUAUGGGGCACCUAUGAACUGGUGUACUGAAUUUGGUCAUCCUAUACAGACUGCAGAUAAGCAAGGAUAUUGUAAGCAUUCUAAGAUUUUAGUUCGCUGUACUAGGUUUCCUUAUGACCUGGAAAAAAGUUGACACCCCACCACCAAUUGUCAUAGUAUAAUUCGCAUUCGAAAAUAGAGAAACAAAAUAUAACAUAUUUUAUUUCUAGUGGCAAGUAAGUGUCUGUACUAUUUAUUUAAUCCAGCACAGUAAUCACAAAAGUCUUAAACAGACAGACAGGACAAGUCUGACACUCCUGCAGGACCUGUGUAGAUUUAGCAUCUGUGUUGAAAGGCCAAAAUCACCAUGUGUGUGACAGGUAUGCUAAUUUCAGGCAGUACUGUAAGCAGAGACAUUAAUAUAAAGUGGUGGGAUCACUGAGGGGAGGCUGUGGGUCACAGAGGCACAUCUGAAUCUAUUGUGUGUGUACAUGUUCACGUUAGUAAUGACAGACUCAUAAAUCUGGAGACCACGUUGCCAUAUACAGUAGUGACUGUGGAACUUCAUGUCGGUGUUUUCUGAAUGCAUAUGCAUUACAUAUACGUACAAAGAUAUGCACGUGUGUAGCUGAUCAGGCUGUAUGUAGGCCAGUGUGUGUGUGUGUGUGUGUGUGUGUGUGUGUGUGCCCUUUGCAGAGGCAGCUAAUCAGCUGUCAAAGUGGGCUCUGUCCCCAUCGCAGCUUUUGAGAGCAGAGUUGCGUGCUGGCCAGUGAAAAGCUCUCAGGUCCACUCAGCACAUUGAUCUUUGCAGCAGCAGCAGUAAAGGUGGAGGACGGAAAGGACAGAAAUUCAACCUGCGCUUCCACAACUCCAGUGACUGUGUUGGGAACCUACGGAAAAAAAGAUGAUUGAGCUGGGUCUCGCUGAUGGCAACCUAAUUGACGAGUUGAUGGAGCUGACGGCACAGAGCCUCAAUCAGCUGGAGAUCCAGGAACACUUCAACAUCAUCAAGGAGAUUGGCCGGGGGAAAUACGGCAAAGUGCUGCUGGUCACACAUCGCUUCAGGGGGACUCCCAUGGCCUUGAAAGUGAUGCCCAAAGCCUCCACUAAGCUACAGGGCUUUCUGCGAGAGUACUGCAUCUCCUUACACCUGUCCUGCCACCCCUGCAUCGUGGGCCUCUUUGGCAUUGCCUUCCACUCUAAUGAGCACUACUGCUUUGCCCAGGAGCUUGUCAUUGGGAGAGACCUGUUUGCUGUCAUCCAGCCAAAGGUGGGUAUCCCAGAAUCUUCAGUAAAACGUUGUGUCCUCCAGAUCGCCAGUGCUUUGGAAUUCAUCCACAGCCAUGGCUUGGUCCACCGUGAUGUCAAGCCUGAAAACAUCCUCCUGUUGGACCAUCACUGUUGCCAGGUAAAGCUGGCAGACUUUGGCCUGGCCCAGAAGAGAGGCACUCUGAUACGCUUCAUCACAGGAACCCUGCCCUACAUGGCCCCAGAACUUUGUACCGUGGCCCUGCUGGGUGGCCAGAAAGAAGUGACUGCUCCUCCACUUAGUGUGGAGCCAAGCCUGGACACCUGGGCCUUCGGGGUGGUCAUCUUCUGCAUCCUUACGGGCUACUUCCCCUGGGAGCACUGCUUAGACUCGGAUGACUUCUACCAGGAGUUUGCAGACUGGUGUAGAACAGAGGAAAGACAUAAAAACGAGGAAGACAUUCCCCCUUUGUGGAAAAGGUUCACACCAGAAGCCAUGGAGAUGUUUGGUAAGCUCUUGGCUCUGGAUGCAGGAAAGAGGUGCACAGUGGGGGAAGUGAGACAGUAUGUGGAAAAGGACUGGCUCAAGAAGGUACAUGGGAUUGGGCAGCAGCAGACAGCAGAAAAAGUCAGUGCCUCUGGGAAUAAUCCUGGGAAUGGCGAGGUGGAGGAUGAGCCUAAUACGAACUAACAGACUGCAUUUGUGUAUUAUCCAUAGCUUUUGUAUGCCUUGCCAGAAUGUAAAAUAUACAAUAUAGACAUUAAACCAGAUAGUUUACCUGAGUAAAAACAAUGUGUCUUCUGUGGCCCAGGAGAGAACUUUCAAAAGUUUGAAUAAAUAACCAUGAUGAUAUGAUUGAGGAUGUCAUGGCUUUAAACUUUAACAUUUUAAACAGAAAGCUUACUCUCUCACUUCUGCCUGCACGGUGCGAGAGGAGAGGGAGAGACGCUGACUGACUACUCUGAGCAGCAUGAAGGUAAAAAAUUAGCCUGCAGUAUAACAGACUUUUUUGAUUUUCACACUUUCUCCCUGAUAGUCGAAAUAUCUAACUAGACCUCGCUUUUUAAAAACAAAGUCGCUUUAUUUUGCUUUACGCUCCUGCUCUGUUCCAAGAAAAUGUUAAAAAGUGCUAUAAGAAUGAAUUUCCAAAGCUAUAACAUACUUAUGUUAGGCUGUCCUGGACAUGAACCCAUUACAUUUUGUGUCUUGUGACUUAAAAGCAACAUUGUUUUUUGCAAAUAUAAACUGCUAACUUUUUAGUUGUGUUACCAGCAUUUGGAUCAACCCUUCAGAUUUGCCUUGAUGUGAUGAUUUACAUGUAUAUUGUACUGGAUAGUGCAACUGCAUGAAAUGAUAGGGGUGCAGAGGAAGUAACACAGGGUUUUGUGGACAGCAAGUAUAAGAAUAAUAUUUGUACCAUUCAGCAUGUGUUUCCAAAUAUUACUGUGAUCUGCAAGCACCAUGCAGCACAUGCUUGUUUAUUGCCUGACAGAUUGCUGCAUAUUCUAACUUUUUGCUCUGGGUACCACUGUUGUGUCAAGUAUCGCAAAGAGCAGUUCAGUUCUUAGGUUUCCUCUCUG